AGUUCAAGGAGGAACAAAUCUGAAAUCUGCCAAGCACCCAUCACUCACGCUGAAGGACACCAGGAAAGGACACCAGGAGUUGACACAACACAACUUCCACCCGUUGUAUCAAGACCAUCACAGAAGUAAUAACAUCAUGAUGAGGGUAUCUGUCGUUGUUUUUGCGUUGGUUCUGGUCCAUAGAACGACUGGAUUUCUCUCCACAUCUACCACCACAAGAACAACCCAAUCCACCCAACGAGCCCUUGGUAUCUCGUCCUUGCGGCAACCUACAUCUUCUGUCAGUGGCAGUCGAUCUAGCAGCAAGGCAUUUGCACGGACAUUGGUUCUACAGGCAGCAUCCACUGCUGGCAGCUAUGACGACACUUGCGAUGUCUUGGUCUUGGGAUCGGGUCCGGCUGGUCGGGCCAUUGCAUCUUUGUUAUCGUCUCCCAAGGUGGGGAUGGACGUUCUGCUGGCCGAUACCAACUUUGACAAGGAAUGGGUGCCCAACUAUGGAGUAUGGACCAAUGAAUGGGAUGCCAUCUUGGAAGCUUACAAAUCAUUUGGCGUUGAACUCAAGGGAGGACUUGUGGGAGGCAGUAUCAAGCGUGAGUGGCCCGUCACAGAUUGCUAUUUUGGUGGAUCCUUUGAUAUUCCCACGGAACAACGAAUGAGGCUCGAUAGACCCUACAAACAAGUCGACAAGAAUGCAUUGAGAGAUUCCUUAACCACGGGAAAAUUCCGAAGAUUGGAUGCCAAACACUUUUCUACCGCCAUCAGCCCCAAUAUCUACUCACCGGCCGGAUCUUUGGUCCAUGACGAAGAUGGUAGCACCAUACAACUCGAGAAAAAAGACGGAACCGUCACUACCAUUCGUUCCAAACUCAUCGUUGACACCACGGGGCAUGAAACCAAACUCGUACUGAGAGAUACUCGAGAUCCCUAUAGUCAACCGGGCUUUCAGAUUGCCUACGGCGCACUGGUGGAAGUGGACGAAACCAGCUCACCCGACAAGACACAAAUUGGACCAUAUGACAAGGAGGCCAUGACCUUGUUUGACUACCGAACGGAUCAUUUCAAUUCCCAACCCGGGGUCGACAAGGCAACCGCCGCACCCACCUUUAUGUAUGCAAUGCCAAUCAAGGACAAUCAAAUCUUCUUUGAAGAAACAUCAUUGGUGGCUCGUCCUGGUGUGUCGCUGCAAGAAUGCAAAGACAGAUACAAAACCCGCCUCGAACAUCAUGGUAUCAAGGUUACCAAGGUCCUCGAAGAAGAAUUUUGUUACAUUCCAAUGGGAGGUGCCCUGCCCGUUCGUGAUCAACGUGUGAUGGGGCUUGGUGGCUCUGCUGCGAUGGUCCAUCCCAGUACUGGGUACCAUUUGUGCCGAUGCAUGAUGGGCGCCACCAAAAUGGCAGAUGCCAUUCAAAAGGAAAUGGCAAGCGGUAGCAAACCCAACUUGGACAAGGUAGCCGCAUCCGCGUAUCAUUCACUGUGGACUCCGGAAAAUAUUCGACAGAGAAACUUUGCCGUCUUUGGAGGAGAGUUUCUCAUGAAACAGGAUGUCGUAGGGUUGCGUGGAUUCUUUGAUGGCUUUUUCAAGUUGCCACUGCCACUCUGGGGUGGUUUCCUUGCUGGUUGGCCCGGAUUGCCUUUCAAUGACAAACAUGAAUCUUGGUUUGCCAGGAUGUGGUUUGGACUGAGUUUCAUUGUACGACUGCCCCUCCCUGUAGCACUGGACAUGGCGACAUCCAUUGCAGCCUACACAGUUACUGAGGGUGUCCCCUUGCCACAAUCUGUCACUCCAUUUUUGGGCGAGCCAAACUCCUACGAAUACGACAGGAACACUGACAAUGUUGGUGACGUCGCAGUGAAAGCCGAGGCUAGAAGAAUGAUUACAGAGUCCACAGUGACGGAAGACUUGCCUGUAGCAUUCAAUGAUGAUGGCAAUGACAACGCCGAUGCCAUAGCUGUUCCAAUCGUAGCACCGGAGUCAGCAAAAGAGAAAGUGGCAGCACUAUGAAGAGAUAGUAACACAAUACUUCAUGCUAUCAUUUAUUUGU